AUGGAGCCGCGGGCCCACAACCACACACAGGUCACAGAGUUCGUCAUCGUGGGCUUCCCAGGUCUGCAGCCGGAGCACUUCCACCUGGUGGCGUGGGGCUUCCUGCUCUUCUACGUGACCACCGUGGGGGGGAACCUGCUGCUGAUCCUGGUGUUUGCCGUGGAGCAGAGCCUCCAGAAGCCCAUGUACAUCACUAUGGUCAGCCUGGCCCUGUCUGACAUCGGCUUCACCACGACGGCCUUGCCUAAACUAAUCGCUCGCUACUGGUGGGAUGAUGGGAGAAUCGGCACCUACACCUGCAUCUUUCAGGGACACAUGAUCCACUACUUCGGCUCCCUGAACUCCCUGAUCCUGCUGACCAUGGCCCUGGACCGGUACCUGGCCAUCUGCUUCCCGCUCAGGUACCCGCUGUGGAUGACCAACCACACCAUGACGGGCCUGAUGGCGUUCUGCUGGGUGGUGACGCACGCCGUCACCGGCAUCAGCACCGUCAGCACCGCGCUGCUGCCGUUCUGCGGGCCCGACAGGAUCUCCCAAGUCUUCUGCGACCGCGUGUCCAUCGCGGCGCUGGUGUGCGGCGACACCACUCAGCUGAUGAGCUCGGCCUACGUCAUCGCCAUGUUCAUCCUCUGUGUCCCUCUGGCCUUCAUCGUCCUGUCCUACAUCUGCAUCAUCAUCUCUAUAUCACGCGUGGCCAACAGACAGGGCCGAGUGAGGACCUUCUCCACCUGCGCCACCCAGGGCUGCAUCCUCUCCAUCUACUACGUCCCGCGCCUGUCCGUCUACACUGCCACCUACAUCCCCGGCGUGAAGAUGAGCCCCGACGUCCGCAUAGUCACCCCACUCUUCUACAGCCUGCUGCCCCCCCUCAUCCACCCCUUCAUCUACUGCCUGAGGACCAGCGAGAUCCAGAAGAUCUUCAGGCGCUGGGUCCAGAAGAGGCCCAUCGCUCCCGCAAAGCGCUUUAAGGCGACGGCGGCCGAGAAGCCGUCUGUGAAUGUGUCCAGUUCAGAUGCACGGAUGCCGAAAAAACAGAAUAUCACAUUGUAG